AGACACCCCAAAUUAUUGCCACUUCCAUCUAACAUCUCCCUCUUGUCCAUCAAACAUGUUUCUCAUUUUCAAUUCUAUUCAAAGUGAUCUUCCUCUACACGACUUUCAGAUUGUUUCGUGUCUCCCAUCCCAUCCUUCUCCUUAAAAUGUAAUAAUAAUAGCCAUUCUUUGGCUGCCCUGUUUUUUUCUAUUCUUUUUCUGCUAAGAAAUUAUAAAAGAUGAUAUCAACUUCAUCAUCCCAAAAGAAAAACCUUCAAUCCCUUUUAGCCUCUAACCUCAAGAAACUCACCAUCACUCCUCCUUCUAAUCAUGAGUUUGAUUUUGGCGAUGUUUUCGGCCCUUUGACUCCUCACCAUCCCGACCCCACCCUCCAUUCACCUUCCUCCACGUCUCCCCCUUCUGCUUUCCUUGGGGAUCCUCAAGUUAUCCACACCAGGUCCCAUUCUUAUGUGGGUCCUUCUCCUCGUUACACCGUCUCUUCUUCCCUCCCUCUCCAAAUCCAAACUGAAACCGAGUAUGAAGCCGAGGAACAAGAUGACGAUGAAGAAGAAGCAAAACCCAAGAUUGGGCCCGAGGAUUUUGAGAUCCUGAGAGUUGUUGGACAAGGAGCUUUUGGGAAAGUUUUUCAAGUGAGAAAUAAAGGAAGGAAUAAUGAGGAUGGUGAUGGGCUUUUUGCUAUGAAAGUUAUGAAGAAAGUAACUAUCAUUAAAAAGAAUCAUGUCGAUUACAUGAGAGCUGAGAGGGAUAUCCUCACUAAAGUUGUUCAUCCAUUUAUUGUUCAGCUUAGAUACUCUUUCCAGACAAAGUCUAAGCUUUAUUUAAUCCUGGACUUUAUAAAUGGAGGCCAUCUCUUCUUUCACCUAUAUCGCCAAGGGAUAUUCAGUGAGGAUCAAGCAAGGUUUUAUACUGCUGAGAUUGUAUCUGCUGUUUCACAUCUUCACAACUGCGGCAUCGUGCAUCGUGAUCUUAAACCUGAAAAUAUUCUUGUGGAUGCUGAUGGACAUGUUAUGCUUACGGAUUUCGGACUGGCCAAGGAAAUUGAUGAAUCGAGCCGAUCGAAUUCAAUGUGCGGGACAACAGAGUACAUGGCUCCAGAAAUUUUACAGUCCAAAGGUCACAAUAAAGAUGCAGAUUGGUGGAGUGUUGGGAUACUGUUAUAUGAAAUGUUAACUGGUCAGCCUCCAUAUACACAUGCAAAUAGGCAGAAGCUUCAGCAAAGAAUUAUCCAAGAGAAACUCAAACUUCCACCAUUUCUUACUACAGAAGCUCACUCUUUACUGAAAGGGUUGCUGCAGAAGGAGCCAUCAAGAAGGUUAGGUAGUGGUCCUGGUGGAGGGGAUGAGAUAAAGAAACAUAAAUGGUUUUGGUCAAUCAAUUGGAAGAAAUUAGAAGCUAGAGAAAUUCAACCAAAGUUCAAACCAGAUGUGAGUGGAAAGGAGUGUACAGCCAACUUCGACAAAUGCUGGACUACGAUGCCGGCGGAUGACUCCCCAGCCUCCACUCCAACUGCAGGUGAACAUUUUCAAGGUUAUACUUAUGUAGCACCUAACCCUUGGCUUUCUUCUAAGUAAUUAACAUUAGAGUGCUAUAAUAGCUCCUGUAAAUCUAUUGUUUACAGUAAAAGAAAUAUAAAAUAAAAUUAGAUUCCUCUCAUUGGGAGUGUAAUGUAUCUUACCGUUGUACCCAACACUUGUUUUCAAAUAACAAACUUAAUAAAAUUCAAGAUCCUUUCUUUUA